AUGAGUGAAGAUGGGCACCCCUAUUCGAUCUGGCCAUGCUGCUCAAACUGCUGUUACCUGCCUUGCCACAGCAGAAAAGAAGAAUGCUGCUUGUGUUGGUUCUUAUUUACCAGUGAGCAGAACUGCAUCCCAUGUCCUUAUGAAGACUACAAACCCUGCCAGUGCUGCCACCACUCACGUGCAGAGCACCCAAAUUGCUGGUGGUGCUGCUGCUCUUAUUCGAGUGACCCAGACUGCAAAUGCUGCUACUGCAGUGGAGAGAAUUCAGCGUGUCAGUAUUAUGAAAGCAGGUGCUGCAGAAGCUCUGACAACGAACUACAUCACUCAAGACCACCAGGAACUGUUCAGUCAAAAGGCGCCAUGUCAAGGUUUAGAACUAGGAAUAAUGCAUCUGUCAUUACACCAGAAAGGAAUGUCUCCAGCAACGGUUUCCAUGACCAGCUUGCCUGUCCACCAUGUAAGCAAUUGUUUCUCCAACCAUUUAUGCUGCCGCGCAAUCACUGCAUUUGUGAGAAGUAUGUAUCUAAAAGCAAGACCAAAGAAGCUGAAGCAACUGAAGACUUUCAUAUCAUCAUACGCCCAGCGCGUAGCAAAGCACAUUGCCUCCCCCACACAAGUAAAAUUCAGCUGAGGAAGAACUACCUCAAAGCAAAACUAGCCAAGAAACACAUGUGCAGAGAUGGCUUUCUGAGGUGGAGAUUCAACCACAGCGAAAGAUGGAUCUACUGAACUUGCAGGGAGAGAAGAGUGGCAACCAAAAGACGUAGAACAUGUGAAAUUAAUUACUGUAAUGAAUGUCUCCAUUUAAAUCAUAGCAAGAGCAGUGCUCAAGACCACAUUUUCACCAAAGCAUGUCAAGAAGAUCGUGAACAGUGGCGCUGCUUACUGCACACCAACUCAAAACUCUCCGAAUACCGUCUGGAUGACCACGACCUGAUCUGUGGGUUCUGCAAGAACUCUCUGCACAGUGAUCAUGAGACUAUUCUCUUGGCAGUAGCAUAUUCAAGAGCGGCUGCUCUCUCUGACAUGAUUGCGAAAUUUAGAAAAGCACACCAAAGAGUUGAUAACAAUCUAAUGGAAGUUAUCUUGUCAAAAAAUAAUUGCAAGACCUAUAAGGACACCAAAAGGAAGGAGAUCAGGAAUGGAUUCUUAAAAUGACGUACGGUUCUUCAAACAGAACAACAAAAGGAGAUGAUGGAGUUGCUUGAAAACAUUGACCUUAAAAAACAGAAAGAAAUUUCAGAAUAUACAAACUAUACCAUCAGUCAGCUAUCAUAUAUGGAUGGUCUUAUCCAAUACUCUAAAGAGGCUCUUAAGGAGGAAAGUCAGGUUGUGUUUCUGCAGUCUGCACACUGCUUAGUGAAAACAGAAAACACAGUUCCUUCCAUUUUCCAACCUAGUCCACAUCUAAGAGAAGAUCCCUUAAGAAAACUUUAACUCAACUUUGAUGAACUUUUCUCCAUUUUACAGGGACUUGUCCCAUCCCUUAGUGAAAUAAAGCAGUCAGAAAGUAAAGCAGAAAGAUAUCCCUAUUCUUUCAACCCAGAGAUAAUGAUUCCAAGGCAUGUUUCAAGUGCUCACAGAUCCAAGCGAGCAACAUUGUUCCGAAGCCCAUCUUUAAAUCUGUUUGAUUUAGGUGUGCUGUCUAAAGUCACUGUCAGAAGACCAGGCUCUACACCUCCCCAUCAUCCUACAUGGAGUAAUGAAGUAUGUGUGUACUGGGAUACAGCUUGUGAAACUCCAAGAAAAGAAAGAAAAUAUUUGAUUGUCAACUUUUCAAGUCCAGAACCUGUAGAACAUGAAUUAGCCCCAGUCUCAGGACCUGUUGUUAUAUACCAGACUGUUGUUUACUUAAGGUCUGCCAAAAUUUACUGGACUUGUCCCACAGAAGAUGUGGAUUUCUUUGGGGCAGAGUUUUACAAAGUUGCUGGUCUUGGUCCUGAUACCAUUGUUCAGACACAACUAGCUGGCCAGCUGUUAUCACAGAAACAGUGA